GGCACCGGGGGGAGAACCGGGGGUGGCGGCGGUGGUCUGGGUGUCCUUUUCGUCUUCUCCUCCGCGUCUGCUCGCUGCUCGGCGGUGGGUGGCAGCCAGGCCGUCGGGAAGGAGAGCCGCGUCCCGGAGAGAGCGGCCGGUGCUGGCUGCACCCAGCCGGUGUGGGCCUGAGAGAGUCAUGGCCUUUCUGGUGCUCUGGCCCUGGCUUAUAGACGAGGGGCUUCCUUGUGUAGCUUAUUUUUUUUUAAGAUGACCGUGUGAAAUGGUAUGUGAAAGAUUGAUUGCUGUUAACAGCCAAAGGUGGCAUUGGAAGAGGGUGUGUUUUCAGCCUGAGCUAUUCAAGGAGAGCAUUAAGAGCUUUACUAACAGAGCCCGAGGUUCAGCAGUUCUUGCCUUAAUGUUCUGUGGCUGCAUCUGUGGCUAGACAUCCCUUCCUGAGGGAAGAGGCAGCGAAGGCCCAUACGGAAAAUUAAUGCAGUUGGUGUAAUUUGAAUCUGCUUCGGUCCCUAGGUGGGUACCAAGUGGUUGGAUCUGGACCGUUGCCCCCACAGCUCUCUCUUCGUAGCUGCUUUGCCCAUGUCUCUCAGGGUUCCUAGCUGAGAGAAUUGAAGAUUAGCACGGAAGUUCAGCAGACUCUUGUGUCUUGUUAGCUCAAGCCAGAUCUUAGUAUUCGAUGUGCAAAUAAUGUGGUAAAAAACCCAAUAUUUUUACAGCUCCAGAGUCUGUAAGGGAAAAGAACUAUCAGUGGCGAUGCAAGUGCAGGGUAGUCGGUGAUGUAGGUGGUUGCUUCAUUUGAAGGAUUUCCAACAACUCCAACACAAAAGCAUCGAAGAAAAGGAGCUCCCGGUAAAACAUGUCGUGGAUCAGAGAGGGCGAGCUGACCAUCAUAGAGAGAUUUUGUGCCAACAUCAUUAAGGCAGGUCCAAUGCCCAAGCAUGUUGCCUUCAUCAUGGAUGGCAAUCGCCGUUAUGCCCAAAAGUGUCAUGUGGAAAGACAGCAGGGGCAUUCGCAAGGCUUUGAUAAGCUGGCACAGACACUACGGUGGUGCUUGAAUCUGGGCAUUCGGGAGGUCACUGUUUAUGCCUUUAGUAUUGAGAACUUUAAACGCUCCAAGGAGGAGGUGGAUGGACUAAUGGAUCUGGCAAGACAGAAAUUUAGCCGCCUACUGGAAGAACAGGAGAGCUUGAAGAAGCAUGGUGUGUGUAUCCGUGUCCUUGGGGACCUGCCACUUCUGCCCUUGGAUAUUCAGGAGCUGAUUGCCCAAGCUGUGCUGGCAACUAGGAACUACAACAAAUGCUUUCUAAAUGUCUGCUUUGCAUACACAUCAAGACAUGAAAUCAGCAAUGCUGUCAGGGAGAUGGCAUGGGGGGUAGAACAAGGACUGCUCGAACCCAGUGAUGUGUCUGAAUCGUUGCUUGAUAAGUGUCUGUACACCAACAACUCCCCUGACCCAGACCUCCUGAUUCGAACCUCUGGAGAGGUUCGUUUGAGUGAUUUCUUGCUCUGGCAGACAUCCCAUUCAUGCCUGGUGUUUCAGUCAGUCUUGUGGCCAGAAUAUUCCUUUUGGAACUUGUGUGAGGCUAUCCUUCGGUUCCAGAUGAACUACAGUGCUUUACAGAAGGCCAGAGACUCCUACAUGGAGGAAAGGAGGCGACAACAGAUGGAAAGGGAUCAGGCUUAUGUGACAAAGAAGCUGCAGCAGGAGGGGUUUGCGUCCCACGGAGACUCUCGGCGUCGACGGACACUGUUGCAGAAAUGCACCGCCAUGCGGGAAGAGAGAAUCCAGGGCUUUCUACAGGCACUAGAGCACAAGAGAGCGGACUUCUUUGAAAGAUUGUGUACGGUGUCUGCAUGACAUAGGUGCUGGGUUGUUCUUGGGAAGACAAUUUUUAACUGGGUUACAGGGAACAGCUGCUGCCCAGAGGAAUUUACUCGGUGUGGUUCUGCAGUGGGGAUGCAGGGCUGCUAUAGGACUUUACGUCCCCGCUGGCUCUGUCUGAGGGCAGGGACAGAGUACUGUGAACCUUUCUAGUUCUGUGAAUGCUGCUGAGGAAGGUAAUGCCGUCCUUCUGUCUCGCCUCCCUGCCCCUGGUGAUGGAGAAUACAUGCACCCUGCCGUAUCUCUGCUGCUUGGCACUUUACAGGCCUGGGUGUUUUGGUGACAAGAAGUUAACUAAAAUGAGCCUCCAUUUCUGUUUGACUCCUCAUGAAUCGGCCCAGGCAAACCAAUUCAGUCCUGUUAAAUCAGUCUGAACUUGAAUUCCUUCCAUGGCUUUGCAGUAGUGAAUCUUCUGUUGAGAUUUCCUCUGCUGUCCCAUAAGGGGAGCCUUGCUUUCUGUAGGGAGAGGACUAUUCCUGGUCUAGAAGGGAGCCCUGUGCCAAGCGGUGGCAGAGAUAUUCCCCACUGCCUAUUUCAUGAUGUCAUCUUGUCUUUUCCCCACCUUACUCUGCUGGUUUUGAUGUAUCUGCUCUUGGCUUCCAAAGAGCUAAAGCGAGGUGUUGUCAGCCUUGCCAGAAAGAAAAAAAGGUACUCCGAAGCUUUGCCAGGUCCUGUGAUCCCUUCUGAGCAGUGUAUGUGGGGAAAACCCAAAUGCCGAAGAUGCUGGUGUUGGAACAGACUGACUGUGCUUAGGAAAGGCUCUGAGCAGGCAAGGAAAAAGGAUUGGUUGGGAAUUAACUUCAUGGCUUAAAAAGGCACAGAAGUUAGCUAAGGUGACGGAUACAGUAUGCCAAAUUGCUCCGAGACCUCUCUAGAGCUAUGACUUAAAGUCCUGUUUCCAGGGAAUUGAGGGUGGGCUUAGUUCAGGAAUACAGUAGCCAAAACCGACCUCUGACCCCAGCCAAAAUGGUUUAGAAAGGCUAUUGAGCUGAUUUUAAUGGGAGUGGCCAGAGCAGCUGUGGAGUGGUGUUCUCAAUUUUCCAUUGGUGGGGAGAUGGACUAGCUAAUUUGGAAGAUUGUUUCUGUCUCUUAUUUCUCCUGGUUUCCGUCCCCAUAGUCAAAAUAACAGAAAAUGUCUUGAUUUUUUGUUUCUGAUGCACACACAGGUGCAGCACUACCAACUAUUGCUGUUUUUAAAGUGUUCUUUUUUACCUCCAGGUGAAAACUAGAAAAUGCAGAUUUAAAAGACUUGUAAGUGCUGCAGACUCAGCACUUUGAAUGUGAUUGCGAAGAGGGUAACUACAUUGUCAAAUCGUGAAUAAAGCAUAUUCAUACCAAACUUACUUUAAAAAUAAGCUGAACGUUUAAAAGUACAUAGAGCUUCUUAUUCUAAGGUGUAAUGAAGUUGGCAUCCAGGUCUAAUAUAAUAUUGUUUAACCUGUGACAGACUCCUCAUCUGAUUCCUGUUAGACUGGAAAUGAUGUGAAGGCUGUGUUCU